GAAAGAAAUUGGAUAUACUUGUAUGAAUAAUAUUAUUGUAUCAUAAUUUAAGAAGAACUUCAUAAACAAGAAAAGUAUUUCUUUGUAAACAAUUAGUUAUGCGAUUUCGAAAUUCAAAACUACAGCAAUGAUUUCGUUUUGGGUCUCCAAAAUGGAAGUCAAAGUACAAGAAAUGAAGACGAAAGAGGAUGAUCUUCAACUCGCCAAUCAAAGACUGCAUAAAGGACUAGAUCAGUAUUUGAAUAUGAGUAAUACUUUUGAUGAGACCUCCGUACAAAUUGGAAGGAUACAGGAAGAUCUCCUUAAUUUGAAUUCAACCGUGGAUGCUCUUUGCAACGGCGCAUAUUUGGAAAAUAGAUCUGUUGUAUUCAAUGCAGUCGUCAGCAAACCAUUAGAUUUCCAACGCAGCACUCCGGUCAAUGUUGUGUGUGACACAGUUUUAUAUCUAACUGGCAACGUGCACAAUCCACGCAAUGGUUUCUUCACAGCGCCAACUGGUGGUCUUUAUGUGUUUUCUUGGUCAACUUUGGCAUUAACCCGUAAGAUAUUUGAUACAGAAAUUCUGGUAAACGGUCAAAGAAAGGGCUUAGCAAAUUGUAACAACGAGAACAAUCCUGGAAUUGAAAAUUGUGCAAAUACCAUUCCUGAUGUUCUAAAAUCUGGUGACAAAGUCAAUAUACGUACAACUAUCGCAAAUUAUAUCUAUGGGUAUCAUUGGUCAACCUUUAAGGGAUGGACAGUCUGGUAAAAAGAAAAUAAAGAAGCCAAAACAUUUUCUGACAUAUAUAUUUUGAAAUUUUUUCAAACCCUGUUUUCUUUAAUCAGAUGAUAAAGGCAUUGCCUCUCCUCCAACCAGCAGAGAUAUACUUAUUUGAUAUGGUUUCACGCGAUCGUGUCUUCUGUUUUAAUUAGUAUUGAAAAAACCUUCAGACUCUUGUUGCCCAUGACAAAAGACGUCAUCCAUUGGUAUACUUAUUAGAUGUCGACACUUGACAAUGAGAAAAAGUAUAAGGUGUGCGUUUGACGGUAUAUAUUGUCAUUUUGUACAUAUUGUCGUUGACAAUAUGUUCCUAUCUUCACUGCACAUUUUGUCUUCCAUCAUUACAUAUUGUCACUGGCAACGAACCAUAUCUUCCUCCUGCAGUGGACAAAAGUUACAGUCAC